UUACACGCUCCCUCCUGAGCAACAGACAGCUUGUGUUGCCCACCAGCACCAUCAACAGAUUCCCACCCAUCACCGUCACAAUGGCAAACAAGACCUUCAAGCUCAACACCGGCCAGGACAUUCCCGCCCUGGGACUCGGCACAUGGCAGUCCGGCGCGGGCGAAGUCCAGACAGCGGUGGCGCACGCGCUCAAGUCGGGGUACCGGCUGGUGGACGGGGCGUACUGCUACGGCAACGAGGAGGAGGUGGGCAAAGGGCUGGCGGACGCGUUCGCGUCGGGCGCCGUCAAGCGCGAGGACGUCUUCGUCGUCAGCAAGGUCUGGGCCACCUACACGACGCGCUGCGAGCUCGGCCUGCAGAAGAGCCUGGAGAAGCUGGGGCUGGAUUAUGUGGAUUUGUUUUUGGUGCAUUGGCCUUUGUUGAUGAACCCUGAUGGCAACGACGACCGCUUCCCGAAGCUCCCCAACGGCGAGCGAGACAUCAUCCACUCCCACAACCAUGUCGACACAUGGAAGCAGAUGGAGAAGCUGGUCGCAACGGGCAAGACCAAGGCCAUCGGCGUAUCCAACUACAGCAAACGCUACCUCGAAGAACUCCUCCCGCACGCCACCAUCGUCCCCGCCGUCAACCAGAUCGAGAACCACCCGGCGCUGCCGCAGCAGGAGAUCGUGGACCUCUGCAACGAGAAGGGCAUCCACAUCAUGGCGUACAGCCCGCUCGGCAGCACGGGCAGCCCGCUGUUCACGGCCGAGCCCGUGGUCGCCAUCGCCGAGAAGCACGGCGUCAAGCCCGCGGCUGUCUUGCUGAGCUAUCACCUCGCGCGCGGCAGCACCGUCCUGGCCAAGUCGGUCACGCCGGCGCGGAUCGAGGAGAACAGGAAGCUGGUCGAUCUGGAUGCGGACGAUGUCAAGUUGCUCAGGGCGUACUCGGACAAGCUGACCCAGGAGGGCAAGCUGCAGCGGUUUGUGUACCCGCCGUUUGGUGUGCAGUUUGGGUUCCCGGACAAGUUGUAGGUUGGUUGGGUUGGGGCUGUUAUAAGGGAAGGGGAUGGAUAGACCUGGAAAUAGAAACCUGCCGUGUUCCAACUGGUUUG